UUUUGUGAAGCUGCGGCUAUUGCUGUCUCCAUCGCCUGAUCAUUCAGCAUAUAUUGGUCACCAGUUGAAAUUGAUAACGUGUCAGUGACUCAUCAGAUUAGCACCCACAAACCAACCAAUAUGGAUCAUGAUGUGGCGGGUCAAGGAUUCAGCUGUAGUAUCUUAGCAAUGGUAGUUGGUGUUGUGGUGUUCGCAAUGGUGGGAUCAAUGUAUAUUACUUCUCUGCUGCGCACUCUUCAGAGAAAAUGUGGUAAUAGGGCUUUGUACUGUUGCAAGUAUGGUACUUUCACAGUGGGUUCCAAGAAAACAGUUAUGACGAGGCUCAAGUUAGACAUGCAGAUUUUUGUCUUAUUGUAUCAAAAGAUGUAUAUUCGUUUAUGUAGAAUAAUAAUGUAAAUAAAAAGUGUAAAAAAAAAACAAAAGCAAAUGCCAAUGACAAUGGUAUGUAUCAUAUCUACAGAUUCAGUGGAUGGUAUAUUUUGGUACGUGUU